AUGAUUUUUCAAUCUUUUCUACUAGGUAAUCUAGUAUCCUUAUGCAUGAAGAUAAUCAAUUCGGUCGUUGUGGUCGGACUCUAUUAUGGAUUUCUGACCACAUUCUCCAUAGGGCCCUCUUAUCUCUUCCUUCUCCGAACUCAGGUUAUGGAAGAAGGAGAAGAAGGAAUCGAGAAGAAGGUAUCAGCAACAACUGGUUUUAUUAUGGGACAGCUCAUGAUGUUCAUAUCGAUCUAUUAUACGCCCCUGCAUCUAGCAUUGGGUAGACCUCAUACAAUAACUGUCCUAGCUCUACCCUAUCUUUUGUUUCAUUUCUUCUGGAACAAUCACAAACACUUUUUUGAUUAUGGAUCGACUAGCAGAAAUUCAAUGCGUAAUCUCAGCAUUCAAUGUGUAUUCCUGAAUAAUCUCAUUUUUCAAUUAUUCAACUAUUUCAUUUUACCAAGUUCAAUGUUAGCCCGAUUAGUCAACAUUUAUAUGUUUCGAUGCAACAACAAGAUGCUAUUUGUAACAAGUAGUUUUGUUGGUUGGUUAAUUGGUCACAUUUUAUUCAUGAAAUGGGUUGGAUUGGUAUUAGUCUGGAUACAGCAAAAUCAUUCUAUUAGAUCUAAUAAGUACCUUGUGUCAGAAUUGAGAAAUUCUAUGGCUCGAAUCUUUAGUAUUCUCUUCUUUAUUACCUGUGUCUACUAUUUAGGCAGAAUGCCGUCACCUAUUUUUACUAAGAAACUGAACGAAACUCCAGAAACGAAAGAAAGUGAGGAAGAAACAGAUGUAGAAAUAGAAAAAACUUCCGAAACGAAGGAGACUAAACAGGAAGAAGAGGGAUUCACCGAAGAAGAUCCUUCUCCUUCCCUUUUUUCGGAAGAAAAGAAGGAUCCGGACAAAAUAAAAAUGGAUGAAAUGGGAAAGAUCCGAGUGAAUGGAAAGGACAAAACAAAGGAUGAAUUUCACUUGCACUUAAAAGAAGCAUACUAUAAAAAUAACCCAACUUCUUAUUCUGGGAAUCAAGAUAUUUCGAAGUUCGAAAUACUUAAAGAAGAAAAUAAAAACCUAUUCUGGUUUCAAAAACCCCUUCUUUUUCUUCUUUUCGACUAUAAACGUUGGAAUCGUCCAACGCGAUAUAUAAAAAGCAAUCGGUUUGAAAAUGCGGUAAGAAAUGAAAUGUCACAAUAUUUUUUUUAUACAUGUCAAAAUGAUGGAAAACAAAGAAUUUCUUUUACAUAUCCACCUAGUUUAUCCAUUUUCUGGGAAAUGAUAAAAAGAAAGAUUUCUUUGGCUACAACAGAAAAAUUCUUAUAUGAUGAUGAACUAUACAAUUAUUGGAUUUAUACGAACGAACAAAAAAAAAACAGCUUAAGCAAUGAAUUUGCUAAUAGAAUUACAGUUCUAGACAAAGGACUUUUUUAUAUAGAUGUACUCGAUAAAAAAACUAGAUUAUGCAAUGAUAAAACUAAAAAUAAAAUUGAAUAUUUGCAAAAAAACCACGAUCCUUUAUUAAAUGGAUCCUAUCGGGGUAUAAUAAAAAAAAGGCUUUCAUCCAUUAUAACGAAAACGACAGUAAAAAAUUUAAUAGAUGAGAUUUUUAUAAAUAAAAUUCAUAGUGUUCUACAUAAUGAUUCUAAUUACCAAGAAUUUGAACAUAAAAAAGAUCAAAACUCAAUAUCAGCAAAAAUUAGACAUUUCGUUAGUCAAUUUGACGGGGAAGCCACGUUCAAUCAGAAGAGAGUGUCUUUACUUUCAAAACACGAACAAAUUGUUUCCGAAGAUCCAGAAAGAUUUUUAAAAUUUUUAGUUGAUACAAUCAGACCGGAUUCCUUUCCCCAAACAAUUCCAAAAGAAUCGAUUGGAAUAAAAGAAAUAAGUAAAGAGGUUCCUCGUUGGUCAUACCAAUUAGUCGACGAUUUAGAACCAGAGGAUAGACCAGAUGAAAAAGACGUGUCGGUGCCAAUCGAUGAUCAAAUUCGCUCAAGAAAUUGGAAAAGUGUAGUUAUUUAUACCGAUAAGCAAGAGAAUACCGACAAUCCUGCCCCAAAUACCGCGGAUAUAUCUGAGCAAGCAGGUGAAGUUUCUUUGAUACGUUAUUCACAACAAUCUGAUUUUCGUCGAGAAAUAAUCAUAGGUUCCAUGCGUGUUCAAAGACGUAAAAUAGUUAUUUGGGAAUUGUUUCAACCAAAUAUACAUUCUCCGCUUUUUUUAGACAGAAUAGAUAAAUCCUCUUUUUUUUCGGCUACUUUUUCCGGAUUAAUUAAAGGGAUUUUAAAAAAUUGUAUGGGACAAAACUCAGAAUUGCGGAUUUCUGAUUAUAAAAACGAAGAAUUGAAGGAGGAAAAUAAAAAUAAAAAAUACAAUAAAAACGACGACAAAAGCCAAGAAAACAUACGAAUAGAAAUAGCCGAAGCCUGGGAUACUAUUCCAUUUGCUCAAAUAAUAAGAGGUUUGAUGCUAAUAACUCAGUCAAUUCUUAGAAAAUAUAUUCUAUUGCCUUUAUUGAUAAUAGCAAAAAAUUUCAGUCGUCUGUUAUUAUUCCAACGACCCGAGUGGUCGGAUGAUUUCAAAGAGUGGAAUAGCGAAAUGCAUGUUAAAUGCACCUAUAACGGCGUUCAAUUAUCAGAAACUGAAUUUCCUAAAAACUGGUUAACAGAUGGUAUUCAGAUAAAGAUAUUAUUUCCUUUCUGUCUAAAACCUUGGCACAGAUCUAUAAUACAACCGUCUGAUCAAGAUCGAAUAAAAAAAAACGAACAAAAACGAAAUCGAAUAGAUGAGUUUUGUUUUUUAACAGUUGUGGGCCUGGAAACUGACCUUCCUUUUGGUCCUCCUCGAAAGCGGCCCUCUUUUUUUCAACCUAUUUUUAAACAACUCGACAAAAAAAUUCGAAAACUUCUAAAAGGGCACUUUCAAAUUCGAAAAAGACUCAAAGAAAAAAUUCUUUUUUUUUUUAAGUUCGAAAAUGAAACAAACAAUUGGAUUGUUGAAAUAUUUCUGUUUUUAAAAAAAAUAAAAAAAAAAAUGUCAAACGUAAAUCCAAUUCGACUAUUUGGAUUGAGAGAAGAAUCGAGUAAAAGAAAAAAUGAAAAAGAUUCAUUAAUCAAAAAUCAUAUGAUUAAUGAAUCAUCUAUUCAAACCGGAUUCCUAAAUUGGACAAAUCCUUCAGCGACAGAAAAAAAAAUGAAAGAUCUGACUAGUAGAACAAGAAUAAUCAAAAAUCAAAUAGAAAAAAUAGCAAAAGACAAUAAAAAACUAAAGGUUAGUCCUACCAAAACACCAUAUGGUACGAAAAAAUGGGAAUCGUCAAAAAAUACGAGUCAUAUAUUAAAAAGAAGCAAUGUUCGAUUAAUCCGUAAAUUCAAUUAUAUUUUGAAAUUUUUUAGGGAAAAGAUAUACGUAGAUAUAUUUUUAUAUAUCAUUAAUAUUUCCAGAAUUAAUACACAACGUUUUCUUGAAUCAACAAAAAAUGUAAUUGAAAAAUCCAUUUCCAAUAAUGCAAAAAAUCCUGAAAAGAUUAAUAAUAAAAAAAAAAUUCAGUUUAUUUGGACUAUAAACAAAGGAUUUUUCCAUUUUGUUAGUACUAAUAAUAAUAUUAGUAAUAAGAAUUCGAAGAUUCCGUCGGAUUUUUCUUUGUUGUCACAAGCUUAUGUAUUUUACAAAUUAUCCCAAGCCAAAAUUUUGAACUUAUAUGGAUUAAAAUCGGUCCUUCAGUAUCGGGGAAUAUCUUUAUUUCUUAAAAAUGAAAUAAAAGAUCUUUUUGGAACCCAAGGAAUAGCUCAUCCCGAGCUAAAGACUAGAAAACUUCCGAAUUCUGGGCUGAACCAAUGGAAAAACUGGCUAAAAUUGAAAAAUAAUUAUCAAUACGAUUUAUCUCAGAUAAAAUGGUCGCAAUUAGUGCCACAAAAAUGGCGAAAUAGAGUAACUGAACACUGUGAGGUUGAAAAUAAAAAUUUCGAAAAAAGCAAAACGAAUUCAUAUCAAAAAGAACAAUUAAUUAAUUACACAAAUAAUUCUGAAAACCGUUUAUUGUUAUUGCCAGAUCAAAAAUCGAAUUUUAAAAAGAAUUAUAGAUAUGAUGUUUUAUCAUAUAAUUUUUUUUUUUAUGAAGAUAAGAAUGAUUCAUAUAGGUAUAGUUAUGGAAUACCAUUCCAAGGAAAUAAAAACCAAGAAUUUUCUUAUACUUCUAAUUACAACAAAACUAAAGACAAAUUUAUUGACAUGGCGUGGAAUAUCCCGAUCACUAAUUAUUUUUUUUUAGGAAGAAAAACUAUUUUGGAUAGAGAAAAAACGAUAGAUAGAAAAUAUUUGGAUUUGAAAAUUCUCCAUUUUUGUCUUAGAAAAAAAGUCGACGUUGAGACCUGGGUCAAUAUCAGUACUAGCAUGAAUGAAAAAACAAAAACUGAAUCUAAGAACUAUCAAAUUGUUGAUAAAAUUGAUAAGAAAAGUCUUUUUUAUCGCACAAUUUAUCAAGAAAUCAGCCAACCUGAUAAAAAAAAAAAUUUUUUUGAUUGGAUGGGAAUGAAUGAAGAAAUACUGAGCUGUCCCAUAUCAAAUUUGGAAUUUUGGUUUUUCUCCGAAUUUGUCUUAUUUUAUAAUGCAUAUAAAAUGAAACCGUGGGUUAUACCAAUUAACCUGCUUUUUUCAAAUUAUAGUGUAAGUGAAAAGGUUAGUGAAGAUAAAAGCAUCAAUAGACAUAAAAAAAUAAAUUCUUUUAUACCAUCAAAUGAAAAAAUAUAUUUUGAAUUAAAGAAUCAGAAUGAAGAUGAAAAGGAACUCAUAAGUCAAGAAAAUCUUGGAUCCGAUGUUCACGAAAACUCUGAAUCUGUUUUCUCAAAUGCACAAACAGAUAUUGAAGAAGAUUAUAUAGGAUCAGAUAUGAAAAAGCCGAGAAAGAAAAAGCAACCCACGAGGGGUACAGAAGUAGAAAUUGAUUUAUUCCUGAAAAGAUAUUUGCUUUUUCAGUUGAAAUGGGCAGAUUCUUUAAAUCAAAAGCUGAUCAAUAAUAUCAAAGUAUAUUGUCUUGUGCUUCGAUUGAUAAAUCCAAUAGAAAUUCUUCUAUCCUCGAUAGAAAGAAAAGAACUGAGUAUGGAUAUAAUGCUGGAUCGGAAAGAUUUAACUCGUUCAAAUUUGCUAAAAAACGGGGUAUUGAUUAUUGAACCGAUUCGUCUGGCUAUAAAAGGCAACGGGCAAUUUCUUCUGUAUCAAACCAUAGGGAUUUCGUUAGUUCAUAAGAGUAAACACCACAAUAAUCAAAAACGAUACAGUGAGAAUGGUGAUAAAAAAUUUUUAGGUAAAAGAGACAAAAACAAUUUUGAUUUGUUUCCUCCCGAAAAUCUUUUAUCGCCUAGGCGUCGUAGAGAGUUAAGAAUUCGAAUUUGUUUGAAUUCAAGGAACGAUAAUGGUGUGAAUUUAAACCCAAUAGAGAAUCGAAUAAAAAACUGUAGUCAAUUUUUUGAUGAAAACAAAGAUCUUGAUCGAGAUAAAAAUAGACUUAAAAAAUUAAAAUUCUUUCUUUGGCCCAAUUAUCGAUUAGAGGAUUUAGCUUGUAUGAAUCGUUAUUGGUUUGAUACUACUAACGGAAGUCGUUUUAGUAUGUUAAGAAUACAUAUGUAUCCGCAAUUUUAA